AUAAUACAAGGACCUCAAUGAAAACUAUAUAUAUAAACUCAAAAAAGUGUCUGUAUAAGAAUUUGUCCUUCGGUGAUCUGUUCGAAGUGUAAAAAAAAAGGGAGAAAAAAACGAGGAAGCGGCGGCGACGGCAGCGGUGAUCGGAGGCGGAUACGGCGAGAUUGAAUCAAGUUUCCGCUGAGCAUUUUUGACUUUGGAAGAUUAAAAAAUGACCAGUGGGGAGGUUAAGAAAGUUUCACGUCAAGAUAUACAAUUGGUGCAAAAUCUCAUUGAAAGAUGUCUACAGCUUUACAUGAACCAGAAGGAAGUUGUUAGCACCCUCUUGCAGCAGGCAAAGAUUGAGCCUGAUUUCACUGAACUUGUUUGGCAAAAACUCGAGGAAGAGAACCCAGAGUUUUUCAGGGCUUAUUAUGUGAGGCUGUCAGUGAAGGAUCAAAUUCAGAAAUUCAAUGACUUGCUUGAUAGACAAGUUAAGUCGAUGUAUGUUACUGGAUCCAUUCCCGUGUCUAAUGGAUCUCAGAUUCAACCAGUGCCACAGAGCAUAACAUGCCAAGCCACAGAGCAUGCUGCGCCCAAUGUGAAGCUUGACAACAUGCACCAGACUAUUAAUGGCAAUUUACCUCGUGCUUACACCAAUGGUGUGUCGUCAGUCCAAUCAUAUGCGCAAGCUGCUAUAGACGUUUCUGCUCAUGCAAGAAGCAUUGAUGUAUCACAAAACAUGCUAUUGCCUCGGAGUGCAAACCUGGGAAUGAUGCAAGGACCAAAUGGGGGGAUGAUCAAACCAGCUGGUUAUUCAGGCAAAUAUGGUGGCGAGGGCAUUCUCCUGCAGGACCGUUCUGGAACUGGGAAUCCAUCUAUUUCACAUUUCAGCAGUGUAGUGUCAAGCGUGCAACCAUUGAAUGAGAAUCCCUUGGGCGCUGAUACUUCUGCCUUUGGUUUCUUGGGACAGAUCCCUCGAAACUUCAGUUUGUCCGACUUAACAGCUGAUUUUACCGACAGUUCUGAAAUUUUAGAGGGCUACUCUGGAUCAGCUUUCCUACCACCAGAUACUAACAACUUUUUGAAUCCGCAGGGUAGAGGAGAACAUCAAGACGUUAGCGGUUUGGAUGCUGCAUCAGAAGGCUUGAGUUAUGACGAUUUCUCCAGCGAUUGAAUGAUAAUGCAGAUUACUAUCUUGCACAGUUACCCCAUCUAUUUAAUUUCAUCAGGUUUAGGGGGUUAUAGUUUGUUCAAGUAUUGUAGCUCAAUGUCCAUAGCGAAGCAAGUUGUGCUUUAAGACUGUUUGCUGCUUGCUCUUUUCGUUAAACUGUUUUAGCACCUAUUGACAUGGUUUUAUGAUUGUAUCAACUUCCAAUGUUUGCAAGUCCAAUUGCUUGUGAAUGGAAUUGUGCUUGUGAAAGUAUUGAUUCAUGUGGUUA